AUGUUUGAUUCUAAAGAAUUCGACAAAGAUUUCGAUAAUUUUUAUGAGGGCCAUAAACAGUUUUCAAGAAUGAAUAUGUCAACAAUAGCAUAUGGAAUAGUGGGUAUUGUCAUCUUGCUUAUGAUCCUGGCUUGUUGUUGCCGUCGUCGUCGGAACAGGGGUGAAGUGCUCAGCGUUGAGACCAGCACCGUGCGAGUGCCCGUGCCACCCGCGCCAUAUCCUCAGCAGCAAUACGCGUCGCCUCAUCAGUACCCUGUCGCGUCUCAGUACCCACUACAAAAUACCAGUAUGCCGUAUCCCACGGCGACGCCUUAUCCCGCCGGACCUUAUCCGGUGGCGGCCCCUUACCCGUCAGGGGGGGCGCCCUAUCCCGCUCCGGGAGCCCCCUACCCGACGGCCGGGGCGCCUUACCCCACGGGCGGAGCGCCUUAUCCCACGGCGGCUGCGCCCUUCUCGACUGGCUCUUCUUCAUAUCCGGCUGCGCAGCCUAGUGCCCCUGAAGCCAGCGCGCUUCCGCCGUCCUACGACCAAGCCGUGGGCAAGCAGGCGAACAUUUACGCGGCGCAGUAA